AUGCUCAGCCUAUCCCAGGGAGACCCGAACACAGAAUUUGAAGAUGAUACCGAGAUGUCCCGACGUUUCUACCUCCCAAUCGACCACGAAGGCGGCAUAAACCCCCGAAUCAAGAUCCACCACCCGGCCCCAGGAAUCUUCAUCUACAGAGUCUCUGAAGGCUUCAACUAUCCCAAUGAAAACUACUAUACAGACCACCUGCCGUCAACAAAUGUAAACGUCACAGCCGUGCAGAACCUCGUCGACAUCCGCAACCAGUUAUACCGCUGGGCAUCUCAAGACAGCGUACAGUGGCACCUUGCGCACAUCCAAAACAAAUGGAGGAAGCGCGCUCUAGCAGCCUCUGGGUUCGGGUUCCCCGCCGUCUUAGACGAGUCCGGCCCUCGAUGGCAGAGGUCGAUCUUCAACUUUGCGAGGAUCCUAAAUGGUAGUCUAGCCGGUUCGGAAGCUCAGUCUCAGGCUUGA